ACUCGGCUUUGCAAUAAUAAUAAUAAUCGAUUACCUUGAUUCAACCUCGAAACCUCAUAAUCCACUCGGAAUACCCUAUCAAGCCUUCGAAUAAUCGUCAUCAACAAACAUGUCGUACCCGAACUAUAAUCAGCAAUACCCUCAACAACCCGCUUACGGCGCUCCACCUCCUCCUCCUGUUCAGCAACAACAAGGGUAUUACGGCUCCGGCCCCGCUUAUCCGGUUCAACAGGGGUACGGGCACGGUGCGCCCCCUCUUCCUCCUCAGAACCAGUAUCAAGGUGGUGGGUAUGGACAACAGACGUACGGGCAACCUCAACAGGGUGCAUACGAUCAGCCUCCUCCUGCCCAACCUGCUCAGCCGUACGGUCAACCGGCUGGGAGUUACGGACAACCUGUUGGGAGCUAUGGACAACCUCCGGUUUCGUACGGUCAGGCUUCGACUUCGGCGCCUUACGGGCAAGGUCCAGGACAACCUCCUCCAGCUGCUGUUUAUGGGCAAGGACAACCUCCUGCUGCUGUUUACGGACAAGCUCAACCUCAACCUCCAGCUGCUGCUUACGGAGCACCUAUGAACACGCCAUAUCAACCCAACCCCAACGCUCCCCCCGUCUUCCUAGGCGUGUCUAUCCCCUCCCCGCCUCCCGCUCCCCCCAUCUCCGCUAGCCAACUCCCCGGGUACUCAGCGACAUUUGACGUCGACCGCCUAAGGAAGGCAACAAAGGGGUUUGGGACGGACGAAAAGACCCUGAUCGAUGUUCUGUGUAGGGUGGACGCGUGGCAAGUGGACUUGUUGGCGAGGACUUUUGAACAGACGGUAGGGAAGCCCUUGAAGAAGGUCUUGGAGAAGGAAUUGUCGGGGUGGUUGGAGAACGGGAUGGUUCUCGCCAGUCUGGGGCCGUUAGGCGGGGACGUCCACCUCUUACACCGGGCCAUGGCGGGUGUAGGGACGCAUGAGGAUCUGUUGAACGAGGUCUUGUUGGGUCGAUCGAAUAUGGAGAUCCACUUAUUGAAGGAAGCUUAUCAACGGACGUACGGUAAAGACCUCACCCGGGCCGUCCAAGGUGAACUGAGCAUGAAGACGGAGAGGAUGUUCAACAUGGCCCUCUCUGGCGCCCGGGACGAGUCACCGCAGGUGGACCACUCGCUGGUCCAAGCGGACGUGGAGAGGCUGCACGCGGCAGGGGCGGGCAAGAUGGGGACGGACGAGAUUGCCAUCUGUGGGAUCUUGAUGCAGAGGAGCGAGGCGCAUUUGAAGGCGCUGGCGGUCGCGUAUCAGGGGAGGUAUAGGAGGACGUUGAGUCAGGCCAUGGCCUCGGAAUUCUCGGGCCACAUGAAAGACGCCCUGAUCUACAUCGCCCGGUACUCGGAAAACGACGGCCAAGGGAUCCAACGCGACGCCGAACUGCUCGAAGCCGCCAUGUCCGGUAUGGGCACCAAGGACGAACGUCUGAUCUGGCGGAUCGUCAGGUUGCAUUGGAACCGCCCGAGGUUCGAAGCCAUCAAACAGGCUUAUCAGGGGUUGUACGGCAAGAGCUUGAGGAAGAGGGUCGAGGGGGAGACGACGGGCAAGUACGAGGUGAGUCUCCUGGGCGUGAAGAAGGUCGGAAUGUUUGCGAGGGAAAGAGACAUCCUUGGCUGAUCGACCGCUCGAACCCA